AGAAGCCGGUAUAUGACAAGGGUAUAUGAUGGCUAUGAUGAAUAUAUGACAAUGUAAUUUUGUUAAUGUCAAUAAUAUGAUAUCAAUCUUGGUGGUGCAUUAAUUUUAUAAAAUACUGAAACUAUUAAAAAGUUUUGUAGGUUUAAAAAGGCAAAAAAAGGAAUAAUCCGAAUAAUAACAUGUCAAAUGUAAUAGACGCUUUAAUGGAAAUGGGUUUUCCCAAAGAGAGAAUUGAACUCGCAAUGACAAAGACCGGUAGUACAGACGUUCAAGCUAUCAUGGACUGGAUAUUGUCUCACGAAGAGGAUAUUCCACAAGAUCCACUUGAAAUAAAUCCAGCUGGAAACGAAAAUGUAGAAGGUACCUCCUCUGGUUUAUUAGAGAACACUGAACAGCCUACAGCGAAAUCUAUUAAAUGUGAUGAUUGUGGGAAGAUAUUUAAUACAGAUGACGAAAUACAAUUUCAUGCUUCUAAGUCGGGUCACGAAAAUUUCUCAGAAUCUACUGAAGAGAAGAAAUCCCUAACUGAAGAAGAAAAAAAGGAGCAACUUGCUCGGAUAGAGGCAAAAUUAAAGCAACGUAGGCUAGAAAGGGAAGCCCGAGAAAAAGAAGAAGCCUUAUUAAAGGAGAAAGCUCGUAUCAAGUCUGGAAAAGAACUUCUUGAAGCAAAAAAGAAAUAUGAGGAACUGGAAAUGAAAAAAAUUGUUGAACAAAGGAGAAGGGAAAAGGAAGAAGAAAAAUUGGCAAGACAAAGAGUUAGAGAUCAAAUUGAGGCUGAUAAAUUGGCCAGAAAAGCUAAAUUUUCUGGGACUAAUAAUCAGGAUAUACCUGCAACACCUCCAGUGGUAACUAGCAUAGUGGAAAAGAAACCCCAAAAUUACACUGAAGUGAAGCUUCAGAUAAAACUUAUAGAUGGAAAAACUUUAGUUCAAAACUUUGGUAUAAAAGAACCCCUUUCAGCAGUCCGGUUGUUUGUGGAAAUGAAUAGAACAGAUGGCGAUGGGCCUUUUAAAUUAAUGACAAGUUUUCCAAGAAAAAUUUUUGUCCCUGAAGAUUAUGAUAAACCCUUGGAAACCCUAGGUUUAGCUCCAACUGCAACUUUAAUAGUGUCAAAGUCUUAGCUUUCCUGAUAAAAAAAUUGAUUGAAUGAAAUAAAUGUGUAUUUUUAAGUUAAAGUAAACAUCCCCAAACAUGAGUUGUUGGGUGCAAAACAUUUUUUAAAUAUAUUUAUUUGCAACACCUUUAUAAGAAGAUCAGCUAAUAAAUAGGUAAAUGUUA